GUUAAAUCCACUCACCAGGCCAAUGGACAGGAUCCUCCCCAAGCAAGUUAAAAGUGCCCGCCCCCCAUCUACUCACUGUCUUUUUUUUCCUGUCGCGGGUCGAUGGUGCAGUUCGGAUCAGUCCAGCAGCAGGGGGGCUCUCUCUCUCUUUCUCUUCUCCCCCUUGCUAGCUGAAGUCCCGAUAGCUCCCCCUUGUUGGGGUUAGCAGGGGAGGGCCAAGAGGUUGUAGGGAAGCAGCCGAGGCCAUGCCGUACCUCCCGUGUUCGGCGGGUUAGGAAGGCGAGAGGGCAUUGCGUAGCCUUGCGCAUACCCGGAAGUGACGUCACGGAAGCCGGUUCGGCAGAGUGCGGCAAGUGACGUAGAGGCGGAAGGAUAGUAGACGCCAUCUUGGAUCCUGGCAGCAUGGCGAAAACCGGAAGUGGGGGUUUUUUCACGCCACGGAGACGCCAUAAGGUAUUUAGAGUCACAAUCAGGCAGGCACAGUCCUCUUACUCCCUAAACGGACGCUGUGUGCUGCAGGAGUCUGGGUUUUUUCUGUUAUACAGGUAUGUACAGUAUGGUGUUGUUUGCCAGGAGGAUGUUACUGUCUGGGAUGCGGAUUAAAAUUAUAUAUAUAUUUAUACAGCACCUCUAUGGAGUCAGGAAUGCCGGGCAAACCACCUCACCCCAAAGGGAAAAGCCUUCCUGCCACUGAAAAGAAAGACAAAACGCCAGAAAAGGCUACGUCAGUUCAAGUUCAGGGAGAGCCAGGAACGUCUAAUCCUCUUGAAAAUCAAGCUUUCGCUGAAUCUUUGGGGGCUGUCAUUAAGCAGGCGGUAGUGCAAGCUUUUCAAGAAGUAGCUACUGCAAAAAAGAGAACAAGACAUGGUUACUCCAGACAUACAGACUCCCUGUCUGAAGUUUCAGAGGGAGAACUUUCGGAAGAUUCAGAUAUAGAUUCUCCUAUGGGAUCUGAGGAAGGGGAAAUCGAGAUGGAGGAAGACUCCAAUUUUGAUCUAACAGUGAUUGAUCCGCUGAUAAAAGCUGUUCGGCAAACACUAACGUUUUCCUUGGAACCUUCCAGAUUGUCAUCAGCAGACAGGUUGUUCCCUUCUCUGAAGAAGAGGUCAGUGUGUUUUCCAGUACAUGCUUCAAUUAAGGAUAUUAUUACAACAGAAUGGAAAAAAACAGAGAAGAGACCUCAGACUGCAGGAAAAUUUCUUAAAAAAUAUCCCUUUGAUGAGGAGGAUGCGAAGUUCUGGGAUUCACCGCCAAAAGUGGAUGCAGCGGUUGUUAGGCUAGCCAAAAGGACCACCUUACCAGUGGACGAUGCGGCAGUUUUCAGAGAACCGAUGGAGAAAAAGAUUGAAUUUAAUCUCAAAAAAUCUUUUGGAGCAGCAGGCGCAGCAUGCAGACCGGCAGUAGCGCUCACGUCGGUUUCUCGGGCCUUGAAGGUGUGGCUUGCUGAAGUGGAAGAAGCAAUUUCAUCUAAUGUAAAGAGGCCUAAAUUGCUUGAAAGCUUGGCUGAUUGUAAAUUGGCAGUUGAUUUUAUGUCAGAGGCCUCUAUUGAUCUAGUUCACUUUAUGGCAAGAUCCAUGGCGCUUUCAGUGGCGGCAAGAAGGGCUCUGUGGCUUAAGCCCUGGGCAGCAGAUGCAGCCUCAAAGGCCAACUUAUGCCAACUGCCGUUUGAAGGAGGAAUGUUGUUUGGGGAGAGAUUGGAUUCAAUCAUCAAAAAAGUCUCUGGAGGAAAAAGUGUAUUCCUUCCUCAAGAGGGCAGGAAUAAGAGAAUAAGAUUUGAUACAUCCUUUCACAGAGAAAAAGAGAGAUCUUUUAGAACCUCCAGACAAUAUAGGCCAGGAAGAGAAUUUAACAGACAGUCGUCAUGGAGAGCAGGCCGUCAGAGCUCAAGAGGCAAUAUCAAAAGAUCAAGAGGUUUCUCCACCUCAGGCUCAUCAGUUCAGCAGCAAUGA